AUGUCUGAAGGGGAAUACACAGCCGUUCAUGGGUUGAUGCAAUUGAUGCGUUACCAAAACAAUUAUCCAAACCUCAUGUCUGGUGUGGACAAGUUAUCAGCACAAGCAAAGAACUUAUUUGGACCUAAUCCUCCUCCAGUGUUGAUUGACUAUGCAUUGCAAUACCAAAUGAAUUUGUUUGGUGAUUAUCCAACUUCUAAAGAUGUUGUUCCAUCAGCCAUUUUCUCUGCCGUUUUUGGUAUCAUCGCUAUUAUCCAUUUGGGGAUUUUCUCUAUUAACUACUCUCGUGGGCAUUACUUUUGGCUAUCUUUGGGUUGGGCCUUCUAUGCCAUUAUGAGAACCAUUGGCUGGAUUCUUCGUAUUGUGUGGUCUAAAGAUUUAACCAGAACAGGUUUGGGAAUUGCCGAUGAAGUGCUUCUUCUUAUUCCUGCUGUAUUAUUAAUUGCUUUCAACUUGAUUCUCGCUCAAAGAAUCUUUACUUGGAGACAUCCAGUUGGAGGGUCUCGUAAAUUGUUCUGGGCCUUUAUGAUGAUUUUAUAUGUCUUGGUUAUUGGAGUCAUUGCCAUGUGUAUUGUUGGUUCUGCUGUUCCUUACUUAUACUUCCUCAGUACAGCAGCUGUCAGUAGAUACCAAAAGGUUGUGGAAGCCGCAAUGAUUCUUUUAUGUUUGUAUUCGCUUACUGCGGUUUCCUUACUUGGAUUGGCUUACUUUUUAAAACCCACUAGAAGGGAUGAAAGCUUGUACACUUAUCAACCUUGGUGGAUUGAAUCAUUUGCUCCCACAUAUUUUGUUCGUAAGGGUGCGGAAAAGGAAGCUGCCGUUUCGUUCCUUAAGAGAAACCGUAACCAAAGAAAUGCCAUCAGAGUCAUUGCUGCUACUCAUCAUCAUUAUAAACAAGUUCAUGGUGUUACUAACGAAAGAGGAGCAUUGGGCCAUAAUGUUUCACUUGGAAUCGUCAGCAUUUCAACCGUUCUUAUUUUGAUUGGAUGUAUUUUGCGUACCGUUGUUGUCUUUGAAAAAAGAUACCAAAUGAACUCUGGUCCCGCCACAAAGCCUGUGGCAAUGUAUAUUGCUUGGGGUUUGUUUGAAUUCAUUAUCAACGCCAUGUACAUCAUUGGAAGAGUUGAUUUGAGAUUCUACCGUCCAAACAAAUUACCAAACAAUGUCCGUGACAUUAAUACAGCUGAUCAAACCCAUGUUAUCCCUUCAGAUGACGAAUUGGAGGUUGGUGACUCUGAAAGUUCCGAAAAGCCUGGUCCAUCUUCAAGCUCCUUGGAACAACAUGCCAAUGAUGUUACUCCUCCAGAAGCAGAUUUAAUUGAUAACACUGAAGACAAGAAGAAGUCUGAAAAUGUGGAGAACGAGAAAUAA